AUGCAGAUCUUCGUCAAGACCCUCACGGGCAAGACCAUCACCCUCGAGGUCGAGUCGUCCGACACGAUCGACAACGUCAAGGCCAAGAUCCAGGACAAGGAGGGCAUCCCGCCCGACCAGCAGCGCCUCAUCUUUGCCGGCAAGCAGCUCGAGGACGGCCGCACCCUCUCGGACUACAACAUCCAGAAGGAGUCGACCCUCCACCUCGUCCUGCGCCUUCGCGGCGGCAUGGCCAAGAAGCGCAAGAAGAAGACGUACACCACCCCGAAGAAGAUCAAGCACAAGCGCAAGCCGGUCAAGAUGGCCGUCCUCAAGUACUACCGCGUCGACUCGGACGGCAAGAUCAAGCGCCUCAGGCGCGAGUGCCCGGCCGAGACCUGCGGCGCCGGUGUCUUCAUGGCUGCCCACAAGAACCGCCAGUACUGCGGCAAGUGCGGCCUGACGUACCUCCACGAGUAA